CUGAAAAACUUGUUGUUGUCUGGGAAAAUGGCGUCAAACGUAGAGGCCCCAGAGCGCUGGUACCUCGCCCUUCUCGGCUUUGCGGAGCAUUUCCGAACCUCCAGUCCGCCCAAAAUCCGUCUGUGUGUGCACUGUCUCCAGGCGGUGUUCCAGUUCAAGCCCCCGCAGAGGAUCGAGGCUCGCACACACCUGCAGCUGGGCUCGGUGCUGUACCACCACACCAAGAACAGCGAGCUGGCCCGCACCCACCUGGAGAAGGCGUGGUUUAUAUCGCAACAACUUCCUCAAUUUGAAGAUGUCAAAUUUGAAGCUGCCAGCAUUUUGUCAGAACUUUUCUGCCAACAGAAUUUGGUGGACUCUGCGAAGCCCCUGCUGCGGAAAGCCAUCCAGAUUUCACAACAAACACCGUACUGGCACUGCAGACUGCUGUUCCAGUUGGCGCAACUUCAUACACUGGAGAAAGACUUGGUGUCAGCAUGUGACCUCCUGGGUGUCGGAGCCGAGUAUGCUCGAGUUGUAGGCUCAGAAUAUACUUGGGCUUUGUUUCUUCUUAGUAAAGGAAUGUUGCUGCUAAUGGAGAGGAAGCUCGGUGAAGUGCAUCCUCUACUCACACUGUGUGGAACAAUAGUGGAAAACUGGCAGGGAAACCCAAUCCAGAAGGAGUCUCUCCGGGUCUUCUUCCUGGUACUACAGGUCACACACUACCUGGAUGCUGGACAGGUGAAGAGUGUAAAGCCGUGUCUGAAGCAGCUACAGCAGUGUAUCCAGACCAUCUCCACACUCCACGAUGAUGAGAUUCUGCCCAGCAACCCAGCUGACCUUUUUCAUUGGCUGCCCAAGGAGCAUAUGUGUGUCCUCGUAUAUUUGGUAACAGUCAUGCACUCCAUGCAAGCAGGCUACCUGGAAAAAGCCCAGAAAUAUACCGACAAGGCUCUCAUGCAACUAGAGAAAUUAAAAAUGUUGGACUGCAGCCCCAUCCUUUCUACCUUUCAAGUCAUUCUGCUGGAGCACAUUAUCAUGUGCCGACUCGUCACAGGUCACAAGGCCACGGCAUUACAAGAGAUCUCACAGGUUUGUCAACUGUGCCAACAAUCUCCCAGGUUAUUCACUAACCAUGCUGCGCAGCUACACACACUAUUGGGUCUGUACUGUAUCUCAGUAAACUGUAUGGAUAAUGCAGAGGCACAGUUUACUACAGCCUUGCGGCUCACCACACACCAGGAGCUGUGGACAUACAUUGUAACCAACUUGGCUAGUGUGUACAUAAGGGAAGGAAACAGACACCAGGAGCUGUACAGCCUCCUGGAGAGAAUAAACCCCGACCAUAACUUCCCAGUCAGCUCUCACUGCCUCCGUGCAGCAGCUUUCUACAUCAGGGGACUCCUGUCUUUCUUUCAGGGACGCUACAACGAGGCAAAACGUUUCCUAAGGGAAACCCUGAAGAUGUCGAACGCAGAGGAUCUGAACAGACUAACUGCCUGCUCUCUGGUUCUCCUGGGCCACAUUUUCUACGUACUGGGAAAUCAUAGAGAAAGUAACAACAUGGUUGUGCCUGCCAUGCAGCUGGCCAGUAAGAUCCCUGACAUGUCGGUUCAGCUCUGGUCUUCAGCACUGUUGAAAGACUUGAACAAGGCUCUUGGGAACAACAUGGAUGCUCAUGAAGCCGCACAGAUGCACCAGAACUUCUCUCAGCAGCUACUGCAGGACCACAUCGCUGCCUGUAGCCUCCCUGAGCAUAACCUCAUCAGUUGGACGGACGGCCCCCCUCCUGUCCAGAUCCAAGCCCAGAACGGUCCGACCACCAGCCUUGCAAGCCUGCUAUGAGGAAUGUCCUGGUGCAUGUGAUUGUAGUUGGUAAAUUAUCACAAGCAGCAGUUUGAUGCCUAACAACCUGCUAUUAAGACCACUGUAGCUUGAAAGGAUUUUAACAAAUGAUGGAUACGACCUUGACUUCAUUUGCUUCUUAAUAUUUGUUCCUGAUUGUCUAAUAUUACUUCUUUUUUUUUUUAAGUUGUAAAACAAUUACAGCUGCUGUGUACGUCUAUUUAACACUCUGAUGUGGACAAUUAUAGGGCACAAGAGCAGAAUUGGACUGUUGAAUAAAAGAGUGAAGGACAUUAGGCAAUGUUUAAAAGGGCUUCAUUGCCUCAGACAUAGGGAACCUUCUCUACGUUUGCUGGGAUUUUUUUUUCCAUUUGUUGGAAAACAGCAGGUUAGUUGGGGCAGUAAAGAUAUGUAGAAGAAAUUAAUUUAUUCAUGUUGCUAUUUUUGUAACUGUUGAUAAAUAUUUUACAUCUUGCCUUUUUCGUAUGGACGCUGUUUUUCUUUCCCAUGCAUGGAUGUUACUGAUGCAACUCCCUGUACAUUCGUUUUUCAACUGAGUUGCUAACAAUAAAUUCUCCAAUUUUUUGCACAAAAUCCAUGGUAGGAAAAAUACAGUCCUCAUGCAAUUUUAUUUUCACAGAACAAUUCAAAAGUUUCAAUUUACAAUUUAAACAAUGUAUUCUGUUGUGCAGAAACAAAAGGAUUAAAAUACUUGUUGAAUUUCUAUAACUUGAUGGCCAAUUCCCCUUAAACACACACAUGCACACAUUUCACUGUUUUUUUUUUUUGUUUUUGUUUUUUUUGUUUUGUUGCUUUGUGUGUUCCAUAAUAAAAUUAAAAGAAAAAAAAACAUUUUCCAGAUUACAUGUAGACUUUCAGUUUUCUUCUGUUGGGAAAAAAAAGAAUUUAUUUUAUUUUGUUAUAUUUGAAUUUGUCUCUAUAGUUCUACUAAAUGAUCUCUUCACAGUAUGUAUAGAUUUGCCACUUUUUGAACCUUUAUUGUACAGUGACAUUUUAUAAAUCAAAUUUAGAAAAGUGUGAUAUGUAUUUUAGCAAUCCUAUGUAGGUAUCUCAAUGCUUGGUAUUUAAAGCACUGUAAGGACACAGUUGAAGCUUGAGUACUGGCCAUAUUUUAUCUAAUGCCUAUGUUUUUAAUUCUUACAUUGUUUUCAAUAAUUUUCCAAUAAAAAAAUAGAUUGAAAGGUAUGAAUGUACCUCUCAGUCUGUAGGCAUGACACUCACUGGGUUGUGUGGGGUUUAUUAUCAAGUGAAUCUGGGUCUUGUGUGUGUUGAAGAUGGGCUGUGCUAAUCAUAGUGACUGGACAUGCACUGUGUUCAAAUGAGCCUGCAAAUACUAGGAAACUGGGCCUUUCUUUCCGACGCCUCAGGACGUGGGGUACAGUAAUUAGUGAAAGCUAUGGCAGUGACAUUGGUAGUGUUGGCUGUGCUUUAUAAGUGCCAUUCUGAUAGGGACUGAUUUAAAUGCUUUUUAACAACACUGAAUUUAUGCUGACAUCAUAAUGGCUCCCUAAUCUAAUACAGUUACUUGAAAUGAAAAUUUACUUUUUUU